CAAAAAACAAACCCAAAGGCAGCCCUUUUUGCGCGCAGCAGCCCGCCCACCAAAAGAUUAUUUAGGGAGGCUAGAAUUGCAGGGAAACACAAUGAAGCGCGGCGUCGACGGCGCCGCGCGCAACACCAGAGGGAGAAGCAAAAGACAGCCGCCGCAGCAGAGCUGGUCCACGCCCACGAACGGCCAAGCCCCCGCGGCGGCCCCUAGACGUUUUUUCCCCCCGACGCCCGCGACGAACGACCUCCCCACGCAAAACUGCGCGGACCCCUGGACGGAAGAGGAGGACGCGGUAUUGCGGGAGGGCGUCUUGCGCUUCGGGACGGGCGACUGGUCGAAGGUCGCGAGGCACUUGUUACCACCAAUAAACGGAGGACCCCAAAAAAGGACGCCAGACGACUGUCAAGCCAGGUGGGACGCCGCCGUGCGCCACGCCGCCGUCAAGGGGCCCUGGCUGCCCGAGGAGGACAAUUUGUUGAGGCAAUUAGUGGCCAAGUUCGGCCCGAAGCGCUGGGCUCUGAUUGCCAGUCACAUCCCGGGGAGGGCGGGCAAGCAGUGUCGCGAGAGAUGGUUGAAUCAUCUCGACUCGAGAGUCGUGAAGUCGGACUGGACCCCGGACGAGGACGCCAUAUUACUCGAUGCCCAACAAAGGGUCGGCAACAAGUGGUCCGAGAUCGCGCGCGGUUUGCCCGGAAGAGCCGAGAACGCCGUGAAAAAUAGGUUCAAUUCAUUGAUAACAAAAAGACUGACACAUGGUUUAGAAGCCCAAGCUAGACGACGCGACCGCCAGUCCGAGAGUAGGGGAGAAGCUGAUGCGGCCGAAGCUAGACGGUUAGGUGAGCGGUCCGCCAAAGAACUACUGCAGCUCAUGUUCCGGCGCAUGGGCGAGACGCGGCACGUCCAACACCGGACGCCGCCGCUAGCUGGGCAGAUUGGUGGAUCAAUGGCAAAAUUAACGUUAAAUCCCGAUGGUCGAAGGACGCGACAGUCGUCCGGCGCGCAGCAGGCCGCGGCCGUGGUCAGUGACGUCGCCCAGGCGGAACUGCGAGGGUUAUUAGUGGCAGCGAGGACGUGGUCUCGAGAGAGUUCACGACAGAGAUUCCUCGGGUCCGUGGCGUUCAAGCGCGACGAGUGGGACGCGCUCGAGAAGCGGGCCGAAAGAAAGGCGCAAACGGAGCCGGGUCUCGUCGCGCAGAUGGCCGAGGCCGCGGCCGCUUGUUUGGGUGGGGCUUUGUUAGCCCCGCCUUCACCGAAGGCGGCCCCACAACGGAACAUCUGCGACUCGCCGCGCGGUGGUGACGAGCGACGACGGCGCGUCCGGAGACCUCGGCGACGGGGUCAAGAGGAGCCACCGCCCCAGGACGACGGGCUGGCGAUGCGCCUGUCGGCUACUUUAUGCUCUUUAUCUUUAGAUGAUGCGUCGUGGCUCGGGGACGUGAUCGAUACGUCCUUCGACGGCGUAGAGAGAUCAAGAGCUUCAAGAGAUUGGGCGAAAGGACCCGCGAACAAUUUCCCGAGGAACCGGGGCCGGCCGCCGCUCGCGCCGCCGCCGCCGACGAUGUCGACCUCCUCAGCCGGCCUCAAGUUGAGUGCAUCGAUUGACGACUGGGGCGGCACGUUGGUAGGGGCGUCUGUGGAUCAAAGGCCUAUAACAGGAAUCAGCCCCGCGUCGGAAGCGCGCGUCGCAACCACUCUACAAGAGAUGAGCGCGCGGCCCGACCCGACGCCGUCGACGCAGCCGGCGUCGGACGCGUCCAUGUCCUUGGACCAGGUGGACUGGGAUUUGAUCCUCAAGGCGACGGGCUCGACGCCCGGCGGGCGGACGCGGCGCGGCGCGGCGCCGAUCGACUUCGACCCGGCGCCUCGACCAGCGACGGCGCCCGAGGACCUCACGCCGCGCGCCCGCGAACUGCUGGCGAAGAGCCGCCAGGCGUGAGUCCCCCUUCCUUCGGCGCCGGCGCUAAGAAUUUGAUACAUC